UGGUUCAUGGAAAUUUCCACUGCUGUUAAAUGCAGAACCUCCAGCUCCUGUUUUCAGUCCUCCUCAGCUCUGCACCACACGAUCAGUGAAGGGUGGACUUCACCAGGGCUGUUCCUUGUCUCCAAUCCUGUUGGUGGUCUUUCUCCAAGUCGGGUAUUUCCUUCAUAACUUACAUCUAGACAAGGAAGAAGGACCUUGUGCCAUUUCUCUGUGGACCCUACAAAAUCCUGAAACCCCUGAUCUUCCUACGUCUCGCCCUGCUGUGUCCACCAAGAUGCCAAAGGUUAGAGAUUUAAUGGAGCUGCAGAGGGUCCCCACCGAGGCCGAUGAUGAUGACAGCACCGCCAGCUUGAACGGCCACUUAAAGGAUCCCAUGGACUCAGAAAAGGGAACCCUGAACAGCCAGUUCAUGGAUGAUAAUGAAGACGGAGAAAGCCAUAGAUUCCUGUCUGAUGGGAUACCAAUGAAGAAGAAAUACGAGGAAGAAGAUUUUCCCGGCCACGCUUCCUUUGGCAUGUCGGUCUUUAAUCUGAGCAACGCCAUCAUGGGCAGCGGGAUUCUGGGCCUGUCCUUUGCCAUGGCAAACACCGGCAUCGUUCUCUUUACAAUCCUCCUGAUUGCUGUGGCCAUCCUGUCUUUAUACUCCGUACACCUGCUCCUGUUGACGUCCAAAGAAGGAGGAUCCCUGAUCUAUGAGAAGCUGGGAGAGAGAGCCUUUGGCUGGCCGGGAAAAAUGGCCGCCUUUAUUUCAAUAAUCAUGCAAAACAUUGGAGCCAUGUCCAGCUACCUCUUUAUUGUGAAGUACGAGCUGCCUGAAGUCAUCAGAACCUUCAUGCACUUGGAAGAAAACUCUGGUGAAUGGUACCUAAACGGUAAUUACCUGGUGGUCUUUGUAUCCGUGGGCAUCAUUCUGCCGUUGUCUCUCCUCAAAAACCUGGGUUACCUGGGCUACACCAGUGGAUUUUCCCUGACCUGCAUGGUCUUUUUCCUGGCUGCAGUGAUCUACAAGAAGACCCAGCUCCCCUGCCCUCUUCCUUUCUUUUACGGCCACUCGUCUAACCUCAGCAUGAACUCCUCCAACAUGUUGGGUCUGUACGAGCUGCCAAACAACACCACGCACAUGGACUUCUCACGGGCUGAUGUUUCCCCGGCUGUCCCCAGCAGCCACAACAUUCAUCAAACCACCGGAGUCCACGUUGAGCCCCGCCCUAGUGCUGAGGAGAUGUGCACACCCAAAUACUUCGUCUUCAACUCUCAGACGGCGUACACUAUUCCCAUCCUGGCUUUUGCGUUUGUCUGCCAUCCUGAAGUGUUGCCCAUCUACAGCGAGCUGAAAGAUCGCAGCCGUAAAAAGAUGCAGAGCGUCUCCAACUUGUCCAUCUUGGCCAUGCUCAUCAUGUACAUGCUGUCGGCGCUCUUUGGCUACCUCACGUUUUAUGACAACGUGGAGGCGGAGUUACUGCACACCUUUACCAAAGUGUACAAGUUCGACACCUUGUUGCUGCUGGUGCGUUUGGCCGUCCUCACCGCCGUCACGUUGACGGUCCCCAUCGUGCUUUUCCCUAUCCGCUCCUCCAUCACCACGUUGCUCUUCAGCGGUCGUGACUUCAGCUGGACUCGCCACAUGCUGAUAGCUGCUGCCAUCCUGGCCUUCAACAACAUGCUGGUUAUCUUCGUUCCUACCAUCAGGGACAUCUUCGGCUUCAUCGGUGGUACUGCAGCAACAAACCUCAUCUUCAUCCUCCCCGCCGCCUUUUACCUGCGCCUGGUGAAGUCGAAGCCCAUGAACUCUUGGCACAAGAUUCUGGCGCUGAUCUUCCUGAUCACAGGAGUUAUUUUCAUGUUCGGCAGCUUGACUCUCAUUACUCUUGACUGGAUCCACAACCCGCCAGGCUCUGGCUCUGGUCAUUAAAGCCCUCCUCUUCCUCUGGAGUCACGGUGAACAGUCCAACUAUCCCACCGCAUCACCUGACUUCUGGUUUGCUCCAUUUCAUUUAAAACCAUCACGCUGUAUCACCAGAAUAUCGUCGAUCGGCAGUUUUUGUGCGUUUUGGAACAUGACAACUCCCGACCCGUAGACUGGAACAAUAUGACCGCUUGAAAUCUUCAUCACGAUGAAGAGAUGUCCCGCUGUGAAGAGACCUCACCUGAGACAAGACUGGGAACUAUGAGUGGACUCUUGGGCCUGACGGAUGAUGCCAUUCUCCAUUUCUCUUCUGGGUUUAAGAGACAUACAGAGGUGGAUUUUGUUGUCAUUCGUGAAAAAAUUAGCACUUCUAGCAUUAUUGUUGUUCUUCAUACGGAGACGUAACAAACCCCCACAGGCAGAAACGUACAUAUCAGUGCAUCUUUUGGGCUAACACUUUGAAAAAGCUCAAAUUCAUCAGUUAAGAUGGUUUGUUGAUCAUUUAAAUCAUUUUAUUCUUGGUUAAAUUUGCUGCUCAGCAUGAAAACGACCGAACAUUUUGCCAAAGUCUACACAAAACGUUUGUUGUCAAAUUAGCGCUACAGCUCCAGAGUCUCAAGGAUCAAAUUCACGUCUUGUGUGCAGAAACUACAAGGUGCUCUCAGUAUUACUGUCACAGACUGGUCUGAUCACGUAGAAUGUACAUAAUUAAGUCUAUCUACUGCUAAAAGUGGGAUUGUGGGUCAGAUCCUGUCUUCUUAAGAUGAUUGUUCAGAUUGUGUGAAGCUGAGCGGUCAUUUCAAGCAGUACAUAUGCUGGAAUAAUAAUAUACUAAUACACCAGGUGUUUAAUUUACUAGACAGCUAAUGAUGUGCAACCGUUAGUUGUUGUCACAGUUUUACAGAUAGGCAUCAAAACUAUUUAAAUUGUUCUGUUUAUCAAAGUAAAAUUGGAGAUUUUAGAAAUCAAAGCAAACUUGAAAUGGUAGAUGUAGCUGUUUUUUAGUUGUAGUGCAGAUUUCAACAUCUCAUUAUCCUCACUGCUGAUGUUAUACAAAUGUAAAUGUCUUCUAUUUUUAAACCAGCGGGUGUAAUAUUUUUGUUUUGUACAUGCACAGUUUGAAGAAGCAAUAGAUGAGAAAGAGAUCGCUAACGUCUAAAUGCUACAAAUGAAGCUAAUGCUAUAGUUGGUUCUUGAUACUUCGGUGAAACGCAGCAUUUCGUUUAUCUCAGAAGUUGGAUCCGGAAACGUCACACUUGGUUUUAUUGUGUUUCAGUUUGAAGUUGGAAAACCAGGGAGGUAAGCUAGUUGUUAUGCUAACCAGGUUAGCUGUUUUUAGCAUGCGGCUAACUAUUUUUCUGGAUUUUAUGGAUAAUCUCUGUAGGAGCUUGUUCUUGCUGAUGCAAUGACAUUCUGUUAACACAAAAUCAGAUGUUGAUGUUCCUUGCCUCCAAAUGGAGGCGUGGGGUUCGAAUCCCACUUCUGACACCAUGUUGUGUUUGGGAGCAUAACGAUUCAAGCAACACAUAGAGCAAAUCAAACUCCUUUGUUCUAUAAAUCCAUACAUGCCAUUCUUUUACACAUAGGGCUGUCGAGUCUACUGACAAUCAACACUUCCUGUUGAGACUUUCACAGUGAUUGUACCACAGGGCAUCACUGUGUGGGACAGAUUUAAUAAAAUAUAAACUUAAGAAGUGAGAAGUAAAAAUAAAAUGUUUGUUAUUGUGAGUAUUAGCAUCUAUAUUGAAUUUUAAGGUGCCGGCCUGAAAAGAAAUUACAACUUUCUGAGUCCACAUUUUAACUUUGUGGGGCUUUCCAGGUCAUUUCUUUUCCAACUUUUGAGUACAAAUGAAACUCACUACGGGGGAAAAUCUUGAAAAUGGCUAAACCUUCACAAAAUCAUUGACAAGUUUUAAUAUUCUCAUUUUGAUACAAAUAAAACCAGCAAACAAAAAUAUUCCUUGAAAGUUUGGGUUGGAGUGGUGGCUGUGGUGCUUGAACAAAGUUGUGAACAUCUGUUAAGUUCAAAUUUUAGCUACUCUGAUAAAGAAGCACAAGAUAAAACCUAAAUUUAGGUGCAUUUGUUGACAUUAGCUUUAGCCACUCAAUCGUCGUAAACAAGCGUUGCUUUAUUUCACAUAAAAACAUUGAAGAAAAACUGGCAAAAGAUAAAAUAAAAAACAAACACAUUGGAAAUGACUAGCGGUAGCUCACAGUGCAAGACGACACACGUCUUGAAAAACAAAAUGUGUUACAUUUUUACGCUGGGACUAGCUAGCUAGUUAGGUGUUGACUUUAUUUAGCAUUUAAAUAAAAUCAGUAACUAUUUUUCCAUCGAAAUCCCAGAAGUAGAAAUUUUUUUAAAAAGUGUUAGCCAUGCCUAACAGUUUUUCUCAAUGUUACGUUAGCUAGCUAUUAGCUGUUGCUAAUUAGCUGUUUACCGUUAGCUUCAUGUUUAGCUUAAAAAAGAUCAUCUUCCAAACAAAAUCCCAGCUAGCAUUUUUUUUUCUUCUAAAAUCUAAGGUACUCCUGGAAACUAACAACUUGAUAAAAGUGGCACACAAUAGUUCUACAUGGACUAGUCUUCCUGUUUUUUUUUUUAUUUUAACCUGUUUUAUAACUAAGCUCAGACAAGUUGUAAUCAAUUUUAUGUCUUUUCAUGACAUUUUUGCCUUGUCGUGGAUUUUAAAUUGUGCCUUUUGGAUGACUUUCUUAGUAUUUGGCCUCUAUAACAAAAAGUGCCUUUUGAGCAGAACAGCUGCUGAUUGGUCCGUUCAAUCCACGAUCUAUAAAUGGAUAAAGUGUCACAAACACGUUCAGCCAAAGUGGACAACAUUUACAGAUCCUUUGGGAUCAAAGUACAUAAAUCAACGUCUUUCAAAUGAAAUGGUGUAUUUUGUGUGUGCGUUUUUGGACUACAAACAUGGUCUUUUAGGACAAAUGUAUAUGCUUUGUAAAUAUUCUUUAUUUUAUGGUACACUGACAUUCAUGGCCUUUAAGUGGAUUUUGGGGGGAUUGUACUUGAGAUGUACUCUACAAUCAAGUGUUUGUUUUUGUAUAUGUAAUAUAUAUAUAUAUAUAUAUAUUCGAUCUUUAUUGCUGUUUGACAGUAGUUUUUUUUUUUUUUUAAGCUUGUACAUUUGUAGAAACUGUUCGUCGUAUACCUUUUGUCAUGUUUUAUUGUCAACCUAUCAAGAUGCAUUAAUCUGCGAGCCUACUUCUGAACCUGGUUUUCUCAAAGGUCUCACGACGCAAUAACAUUUCUGCAGCUACCUGGCUUCUGCUUACCAACACUGGGUUUAAAUGAAUAAGCUACAAAUAAGCUGUGUUACAGAAUCAUGCUGAGAACGUUCAAACUGGAUCCUAAUCUCAGGAUGACAAAAUACACGAGAAUCUUUCAGGAGGACCUGUUCCACAGAACCAGCUGUGCACAGCUGUAGGUCAUAUCUUACUGAAGCUUCUACGUGUAUCACUGCUGUCAUCCAAACAUCUUGUAAAGCGCCUGGUUUGGUGAAGUUUAUUUACUUGAAUUGAAACUUUCCGUAGCCUGAUGAUGUACACAGGCUGUGUUGAAGGGGUACAAUGAAUGUUCAAGAUGGCUUCUUUCUAAAUUCAUCUCGCAAAAGUUAUGAAACCACAUGAACUGCCUGAACGAGGUUUUCCUCGUCAGGUUUGGUCCUGCAGAGCAACAUGUCCUACACACUGACCCACUGAGGAACUCAGAUUCUCGGCCGACUUCAUGUCUCGACACCUUAAUCGUUCUGUAAAUUAAAAAUGCACAACGUGCCGGCACAGCCAAGAAGCCUGUUUGUAGAUCUGUCAACCAGACACCAGCAUGUGCUGAUUGAAGAGAGGUACUGAACCACCUGCCUUAUUUUUCUGUGACCCCUCAGCCGAGGUGAAGCGCUGGCUCCGUGCUUCUGUUCAGUGUCGUUGCUUCGUGCGAAUCCGGCUGAACGUUCAGAUUUGUAAUGCGCCGUAACAAAAAGGAGGGGCUUCUUUCUUUUGUAUCAGUGAUGCUGCUUCGUUACAACAAACAAUAAAAAUGUGAGAUACUACA